GCUGGCAGAACAGCCCGCCUUGGGGACGCGCCUUGUUCGCGAGACCAGCCUGCUGUCGGGGGAACUCCGGUGGCCGGCGGGUCGUUGCUGCGGCUGUUGCUGAACAAGUCGCUGUGAGGAGCUGGCGCGGCAGGUUCCCGCUUCCGCAUUCCAGACACCCACCGCGGGCGGGGGAGGGCGAGGGCGGCCGCGGGCGCGGGCAGGCAGGUGGCCUCGGCCCGGGCCGGACCCUGGAGCUCCCCUCCGGGUCACCUGCCGACUUUGUGAUCCCGGCCGGGCUCCGGACGUCUUUCAGAUGCACAGUCUUUGACCUCAGCUUUCCUGGGACCCAUAAGGAGCACUAGUGUCCAGAACGUACCAAGGCAUGGCAGGGAAGGUGGCCCUGCAGCCUGCCAGCCUUCACGCACAACUGCUGCUCUCUCUGCCCCGCUGACCCACUCAGUCUGGAGGCCCCGGGACAGCGCCUGCCUCGAGAGGUUGUCCAGGCACUGCUGUCCACAGCGAUGGUGGAGAAUUGGACUCCACAGGCUCACAACCUUCCCAUCAGGCUUCAGGGGCCAGCAUCCUUCAUCCUAGGACUGGUGGCCCUGAACAAUGGCUGAGGGCCAGGGGACCCCAUAAAGUUAGGCUACAGCUUUCAGGGGCCAGCAGCACUCCAGCGCCCGUGGACUAUGACCACCUAUCGGCCCAUCCCCAGUGAUGGUGUGGACCUGGCAGCCGGCUGUGGGGCCAGGGCGGCCGAUGUCCUGCCCGGGCCGCACACGGGGGACUACGCUCCCUUGGGAUUCUGGGUGCAGAACGGCAGCGUGCCCCAGCCCGUGGGCGAGAGCACGGUCAGCGCCCCCACCCGCCCCAGCCCCACCACCCCUGCCAUGCCCAAGAUGGGCGUGCGCGCCCGGGUGGCCGACUGGCCGCCCAAGCGGGAGGCCCUGAGAGAACAGAACAACCCCAGCCCCUCCCUGGACGCAGAUGGCACGAAGGCCACGAAGGCGGCUCAUGCCAUGAGGAGCGUACAACAGAACGGACAGCCCCCAGCCGGUACCCCUACCCCGGCUUCCUCAGGGUCCAAAGCCUUGCACCGACUCGCCAGGAGGCGGUCUAAGGAUGUGGAGUUCCAGGAUGGGUGGCCCCGGUCCCCCGGCCGGGCCUUCCUCCCGCUGCGGAACCGCAGCAGCAGCGAGAUCACCCUCAGCGAGUGCGACGUGGAGGACACGGCGGAGCCCCGGGCGGCCCGCCACACGGGGGCGCUGCCGCUCUUCCGCGAGUACGGAAGCACGUCCUCCAUCGACGUGCAGGGCGUGCCCGAGCAGAGCUUCUUCGACAUCCUCAACGAGUUCCGCAGUGAGCAGCCUGAGGCCCGGGGCACCCCGAGCCUCACCGAGCUCCUGCGGGCCGAUCCCGGUCCCCACGUCUCGGGGGGCGGCGGCGGCGGCGCAGCCAAGGGGGAGGCCCGCAACGGGCAGCCCACCAAGGACGGCCUGCUGCCGCUGCAGCCCCUGAAAGAGAAGGAGAAGGCCCGCAAGAAGCCCUCGCGGGGCCUGGGCGGUGGGGACCAGGUGGACUCGUCCAUUUUCCGGAAGCUGCGGAGCAGCAGAGCCGAAGGCGAAGCGGCCCGGUACCCCGGGGAGGCCGAGGACGGCCGGAGCCCCCCGGAGGCCAGCCGGCCGUGGGUCUGCCAGAAGAGCUUCGCCCACUUCGACGUGCAGAGCAUGCUGUUCGACCUCAAUGAGGCGGCAGCCAACCGGGCGUCCACGGCCCAGCGGCGGAACACGACCACCGGGGCCUCGGCCGCCUCGGCCAUGGCGUCCCUGACGGCGUCGCGGGCCCACAGCCUCGGUGGCCUGGACCCCGCCUUCACCAGCACGGAGGACCUGAACUGCAAGGAGAACCUGGAGCAAGACCUGGGCGACGACACCAGCAACGACCUGCUGCUCAGCUGCCCGCACUUCCGCAACGAGAUUGGCGGCGAGUGCGAGCGCAACGUGAGCUUCUCGAGGGCGGCCGCUGGCUCCCCAGGCGGAGGUGGGGGCGGCGGCGAGGUCCGCCCUCCAGAGCCAACCCUGAGCGCCUACCGCACCAACGCCAGCAUCUCGGUGCUGGAGGUGCCCAAGGAGCAGCAGAGGACGCAGAGUCGCCCGCGACAGUACAGCAUCGAGCACGUGGACCUGGGCGCCCGCUACUAUCAGGACUACUUCGUGGGCAAAGAACACGCCAAUUACUUCGGGGUGGACGAGAAGCUAGGGCCAGUGGCCGUGAGCAUCAAGCGAGAGAAGCUGGAGGACCACAAGGACCACGGGCCUCAGUACCAGUACAGGAUCAUCUUCCGGACCCGAGAGCUCACCACCUUGCGGGGCUCCAUCCUGGAGGAUGCCACACCCACCGCCAUGAAGCACGGGACUGGGCGGGGCCUGCCCCUUCGGGACGCUCUGGAGUACGUCAUCCCUGAGCUCAACAUCCACUGCCUGCGCCUGGCUCUCAACACUCCCAAGGUGACGGAGCAGCUGCUGAAGCUCGACGAGCAAGGGCUCUGCCGGAAGCACAAAGUGGGCAUCCUCUACUGCAAGGCCGGCCAGAGCUCAGAGGAGGAGAUGUACAACAACGAGGAGGCCGGCCCAGCCUUCGAAGAAUUCCUCUCCCUCAUCGGGGAGAAGGUCUGCCUGAAGGGCUUCACCAAGUACGCUGCCCAGCUGGACGUCAAGACCGACUCCACGGGAACCCACUCCCUCUACACAACGUACCAGGACUACGAGAUCAUGUUCCACGUCUCCACCCUACUCCCAUACACCCCCAACAACAGGCAGCAGCUGCUGAGGAAGAGGCACAUAGGCAACGACAUCGUGACCAUCAUCUUCCAGGAGCCCGGGGCGCUGCCGUUCACCCCCAAGAACAUCCGCUCCCACUUUCAGCAUGUCUUCAUCAUUGUCCGGGCCCACAACCCCUGCACUGAUAACGUCUGCUACAGUAUGGCAGUGACCCGAUCCAAAGAUGCUCCUCCUUUCGGCCCCCCGAUCCCCAGCGGAACCACAUUCCGAAAAUCUGACGUCUUCAGAGACUUCUUGCUGGCCAAGGUGAUUAAUGCUGAGAACGCUGCGCACAAGUCUGACAAGUUCCACACCAUGGCCACCAGGACCCGCCAGGAGUACCUCAAGGACCUGGCGGAAAACUGUGUCUCCAACACACCCAUUGACUCCACCGGCAAGUUCAACCUCAUCUCCCUGACCUCCAAGAAGAAGGAGAAGACAAAAGCCCGGGCAGGCGCUGAGCAGCACAGCGCCGGGGCCAUCGCCUGGAGGGUGGCGGCUGAGGACUAUGCGCAGGGGGUAGAGAUAGACUGCAUUUUGGGAAUUUCCAACGAGUUUGUGGUGCUCCUAGACCUACGCACUAAGCAAGUGGUGUUCAACUGCUACUGCGGGGAUGUCAUCGGCUGGACCCCAGACUCCUCGACAAUCAAAAUCUUCUACGGGCGAGGGGACCACAUCUUCCUCAAGGCCUCUGAGGGUUCUGUGGAGGACAUAAGAGAAAUUGUCCAGAGACUGAAGGUGAUGACCAACGGCUGGGAGACAGUGGACAUGACCCUGCGGCGGAACGGGCUGGGGCAGCUGGGCUUCCACGUGAAGUACGACGGGACCGUGGCCGAGGUGGAGGAUUACGGGUUUGCCUGGCAGGCCGGCCUGCGGCAGGGCAGCCGGCUGGUGGAGAUCUGCAAGGUGGCCGUGGUCACACUGACCCACGACCAGAUGAUCGACCUGCUACGCACCUCCGUCACCGUCAAGGUAGUCAUCAUCCCGCCUUUCGACGACGGCACGCCCCGGAGAGGGUGGCCAGAAACCUAUGAUAUGAAUACCUCGGAGCCCAAGACCGAGCCGGAGGGCCUGGCCCCAGGGGGCCGGCCCCCCUACCGCAGCAACGCUCCCUGGCAGUGGAGCGGGCCCGCGUCCCACAACUCUCUCCCGGCCUCCAAGUGGGCCGCCCCCGCCACCCCUGGACACGCCCAGUCCCUGAGCCGGCCCCCGAAGCAGACCCCCAUGGUCCCCUUCCGGGAGUCCCAGCCCCUGCACAGCAAGAGGCCCGUCAGCUUCCCCGAAACCCCUUACACAGCGUCACCAGCAGGGGUCGACAAAGUCCCUCCCUACCGACAGCCUUCUGGGAGCUUCUCCACCCCCGGCUCGGCCACCUACGCGAGAUACAAGCCAUCCCCAGAAAGGUACACGGCUGCCCCACACCCGCUGCUGUCUUUUGAUCCCCACUUCAGCCACGACGGGACAUCCAGCGGUGACUCCUCAUCAGGCGGCCUGACCAGCCAGGAGAGCACCAUGGAGCGUCAGAAGCCAGAAACGUGGUCUCCUGGCAUUUUCGGCCCUCCUCCCAGAAGACCAGUGCUUCCUGGGCGUCUUGGACACCUCCCAGGAAGAAAAGCAUCUCUGGAGGUUGAAGCAGAGCCUUUGUGGCAUGUGCCUGCCCAGGCCCGGCUCUCGGCCAUGGCUGGAAGCAACGGGAGCAAGCACGCCUCCAGGCAGGACACAGCAGGCAAAGAUUCCCCCAACAGGCAUUCCAAGGGGGAGCCCCAGUACUCCAGUCAUUCCAGCAGCAAUACCCUCUCCAGCAAUGCUUCCAGCAGCCACAGCGAUGACCGUUGGUUCGACCCCCUGGACCCCCUGGAGCCCGAGCAAGACCCUCUCUCCAAGGGCGGCUCUAGCGACAGUGGCAUCGACACCACCCUCUACACCUCCAGCCCCGGCUGCGUGUCUCUGGCCAAGACACCUCGACCAGCCAAGCCGCACAAGCCCCCGGGAAGCAUGGGCCUCUGCGGGGGUGGGCGCGAGGCCACCGGGAGGUCUCACCAAGCAGACCGGCGGCGGGAGGUCUCGCCCGCCCCGGGCAUCACUGGACAGAACAAGGGCUACCGACCGAAGCUGUACUCCUCAGGCUCCAGCACCCCAACAGGCCUGGCCGGGGGCAGCCGCGACCCAUCCAGGCAGUCCAGCGAUAUGAGCUCCAGGGCCGGCUACCCCGCUCAGGUUCACAAGACAGCCAGCACCGAGACCCCGCGGCCCUCACAGCUGGCCCAGGCCAGCGCCUUCCAGCUCUCCACCUCUGUCCCCAAGUCCUUCUUCUCCAAGCAGCCCAUGCGCAACAAGCACCCCACGGGGUGGAAGAGGACAGACGAGCCCCCGCCACGGCCGCUCCCCUUCACUGACCCAAAGAAGCAGGUGGACAGCAGCACGAAAAACGUCUUCGGGCAGCCACGGUUGAGGGCCUCCCUCCGAGACCUCCGCUCCCCACGGAAGAACUACAAGUCCACCAUCGAAGAUGACCUAAAGAAACUCAUCAUCAUGGACAACCUGGCGCCCGAGCAGGAGAGAGACACCGGCCAGUCGCCACAGAAGAGCCUGCAGCGGACGCUGUCAGAUGAGAGUCUGUGCAGUGGGCGUCGGGAGCCCAGCUUCGCCAACCCUGCCGGCCUGGAGCCGGGCCUGCCCAGCGACGUGCUCUUCACCAGCACCUGCGCCUUCCCCUCCAGCACGCUGCCCGCCCGCCGCCAACACCAGCACCCCCACCCGCCUGGCGGCCCUGGCCCCAUCCCCACCACCGCCGGCAACAGCUUCCCCGAGAAGAAAUCCACCAUCUCAGCCUCCGAGCUCUCGCUGGCCGACGGGCGGGACCGGCCCCUGCGGCGUCUGGACCCAGGAAUGAUGCCGCUCCCCGACACGGCUGCUGGCCUCGAGUGGUCCAGCCUGGUGAACGCAGCCAAGGCCUAUGAAGUGCAAAGAGCCGUCUCACUCUUCUCUCUCAACGACCCAGCUCUGAGCCCGGACGUCCCGCCUGCACACAGUCCUGUCCACAGUCAUCUGAGCCUGGAAAGGGGGCCCCCGACCCCCAGGACCACCCCUACCAUGAGCGAGGAGCCACCCCUGGAUCUGACAGGCAAGGUAUACCAGCUGGAGGUGAUGCUGAAACAGCUGCACACGGACCUCCAGAAGGAGAAGCAGGACAAGGCGGUGCUGCAGUCAGAGGUGGCCAGCCUGAGGCAGAACAACCAGCGGCUGCAGGAGGAGUCGCAGGCCGCCAGCGAGCAGCUGCGCAAGUUCGCGGAGAUCUUCUGCAGGGAAAAGAAGGAACUCUGAGGUGGAGAGGCCACCGGCCGCCUGGGCAGGCGUGGGCUCCUGCCCUCCUCUCCCUCGGCCCGGCCCCUGGUCGCAGGCGUGACCAAGAUACUGCAGCCCAGGCCCCACCGCCCUUCCAAGGACAGGGACGCUUGGGGCAGCAGUGGGACCUGAGGGAGGCCUCCCAGGCUGUCUGCUCUUGGUCCUCGAGCCCCAGGGGGCAAUGUGGUCUCCAGCCUCCCUCUGAGCUGCUCUCUCUGGUUCCUGGGGGCUGGGCCCAUGCCCACACCACCCCCAGGGGGCCCGUCCCACCCUCCCCACCCAGCCUCUUCCUAGGACCAAGCCAUCGGAAGCUAUAGGAAGGCGGGGAGGGCAGGAGCGAGUCUCCAAACCCCACAGCUCCAGGAGUUCACAAACCAGGUUUCCUCACCACGUCCAACAGUAUCUGGGCGGGUGGGGCCAUGACCCCUGCAUGAAAAAUCGUGGUGGGAAACCGGCCCACCAACGUGGAAGUGGGGCCAGGGCUCCCCAUCCUGGGUGCACUGGCUCCAGAAAGCAUGGACUUUGCCCCCUCCCCAACCCUAUCCUCCAAAAAGCAACCAGGAGCACUUUCUUAGAGUUUCAUUUAUUUUCCUGAGGGGAGGGGAUCCCAGAAUGGAAAGAGGAAACGCCAGCAUUCCAGAGUUAACUUCUUUGAAGGGGAAGCUAUUUGCACACUUGGGACCAUUUCCACAGUCUUUUUCGACCAGUCCCCAGACUGCCAGAGGCCGUGGCGCCUGGGCCCCUCCACCUUCGAGCUACUGACGCAGCCAGGCCCAGCGGCCCACCGCUCCUGCAUCAGCCCCGGCCUCUUCUGGACACCAGGAGGGCCUCCACCGAGCCCUCAGGUCAGGGGUGGAGAGAAACAGCCUUCAUCUCCUCUCUGCUUCUGUUUUCCCUUUACAAGCCCCCCAGCCCAUCUCGCAGGCCCCCCAGCAGCGACACUGGCGCCCCCCGGGGAGCACUGCAGUGCGCACCCCCACUAGACGCUGGUUCUCCAAAGGCAAUAAGGGGCAGCUGGCCGGGCAGCCGGGCCAGUGUGGUACUACGCUGCUCACCCAGGAAACAGAGCUUCUUUUUUUUUUUCCUUUAAAAACAAACAAGAAAAUAUAUAUCUCUAUAUUUAUUUUUUCAUGUAGAGUUGCGCCAGAACAAGUCUGUAUAGUCACACAAUCUGUGGACUCCCCCAACCUCAAACUGAGGAUCGAGGCUCGUCAGCUCCCAGUGGGCUGGGGCUCAGCGGGGGGCACUCGGAGGGCCGAAAGCCGGGCAGGCCCGGGGACCCUGCUCCAAGCAGCACACUCCUACUGGGAGGCCAGCAUCAGGCAGCCCAGCCCCACGUCCAGAGACCCCCACCACCACCUGUUUGGGGCCAGAAACCUCAGGGGAGGAGGCCUACACAGGACACAGACUUUUAAGGAGCAGGAGAAAAGGACCCUGGUCCUCCCCCCCCCAACUCCCCUGCAACCAAACUCUGGCCCCUGAAGCAACACUGCAGACCCACAAGAAGAGCACUCGGACCUGCCAUCUCCUCUCCCCCAGGAAGGAUGGGGGGAGCAGCCCGCGGGGUCCUCAGCCCUGGCCAACUACUGUGAUGUCUCUGCCCCUCUUCCUGGAUGGAUCCCUCUUGGAAGGGUUCUCCAGGAUCACCCACCCCACCCCCACCCCUUUCCUCCUCAGACCCUAACCUGGAGCCUGUCCCGCCCCCACCCUCUUUUUUUAAGUCAUCUCCUAUCUUCAGACCAUUUGAAUCAUCUUGGGGACCUAAUCAUGUACAUUGACACGUGUAAAUUAGGAUUUUUGGUUUUGUUUCCUGUUGUUUUUUAAGGAUCUCUGCAAAGCACAUCUAUUUAAUUCGAGUUUGGUGAAGAUAGCAGCAGGGUUUUUUGUGUGUUUUUUUUCCCUCUUUUCCCCCAAUAUGUUGAUUUGUUUCCUUUGGAUUUUUUUUUUUUUUUAAUUCUUUAUUGUCUUUCCCUCCCCAACUCUCCUCCCCAUUCCAGUCUUGAGAUUUUCUGGCAUGUUUCUGGACGUUUCAAAGGAAAUAAAUGUUUCAUAGAA